GUGCGCCUACCUUUUUUAAAGUUUCGUCUUCAAGUGUAGACUGUAGAGUGUCAGUGUGUGUCUAGUUCUCUGGCAUCUUCGCUCGCUCUGUACUCGCUCACCUUUUUCACUGCUCUCCCUCUCCGUCUCGGAGUGGUUUCCCUUUUCGAGGAUCGAGUAUUCUCGAGCUCACGUUUUCCUCCAGCACAAGGUAUUCAUAUAGCCAGUAAAUUUGAGCUCCCACUCCCUUGGUUUCGUGGGUCUUUUGCGUAGAAGCUGGUUCGCAGACUUGAAAAAGAUCAUGGGUUGGUUUUCGUUGGCUAUCGGGUUGGUUUCAUUGUGCUUAAUGGUAUGCACGGUGAGUGGUAUUGGUGCCAACUGGGGAACGCAGGCAAGCCACCCUCUGCCUCCAGACACAGUGGUGAGGCUGCUGAGAGAUAACGGAUUUCAAAAGGUUAAGCUUUUCGAUGCGGAUUAUGGGGCAUUGAGAGCUCUAGGUAAAUCUGGGAUUGAGGUCAUGGUCGGGAUUCCUAAUGAUAUGCUUCAGUCUCUGGCCAGCAGCGUGAAGGCUGCUGAGAAAUGGGUUGCCAAAAAUGUCUCCACGCACAUCACGACUAAUAAUGUUAACAUCAGGUAUGUUGCAGUUGGAAAUGAACCGUUCUUGGAAACAUACAACGGAAGCUUCCUCAAAACAACUUUCCCUGCCCUGCAGAAUGUACAAUCUGCGCUGAUAAAGGCCGGUCUUAGCAACCAAGUCAAGGUAACAGUCCCCCUUAAUGCUGAUGUAUAUGCAAGCUCAACUGGCCUUCCUUCCGGUGGUGACUUCAGAGCUGAUAUCCACGACCUAAUGCUAGCCAUUGUCAAGUUCUUGAGUGACAAUAGUGGCCCCUUUACUGUUAACAUCUACCCAUUUAUAAGCCUCUACAUUGACCCCGACUUCCCUGUUGAGUAUGCCUUCUUUGAUGGCAAUGCAACACCUCUAAAUGAUGGUGGGACGUCCUAUUACAAUAUGUUUGAUGCAAAUUAUGACACACUUGUGUGGGCCCUACAAAAAAAUGGGUUUGGAAACUUGCCAAUCAUAGUUGGUGAGAUUGGGUGGCCAACUGAUGGAGAUCGGAAUGCUAACCGAAUGUAUGCUCAGAGGUUCAACCAAGGUUUUAUGUCCCAUAUAUCCGGUGGAAGAGGGACCCCUAUGAGACCUGUGACAGUUGAUGCAUAUCUAUUUAGUUUGAUUGAUGAGGAUGCUAAGAGUAUUGAUCCAGGAAAUUUUGAACGCCACUGGGGGGUAUUUACUUAUUACGGGGUACCAAAAUACCCACUUAACCUUGGUACCACAAAUUCAGGAUCCUUGGUUCAGGCUAGAAAUGUGGACUACUUGGAUCGCAAGUGGUGUGUGAUGAAGCCAUCGGCUAAACUUGAUGACCCACAAGUGCAACCAAGCGUGAGUUAUGCCUGUGGACGUGCUGAUUGCACCAGCCUUGGCUAUGGGACAUCUUGUGGAAAUUUGGAUGCUCGGGGGAACAUCUCUUAUGCAUUUAACAGUUACUACCAGAGGAAUAAUCAACUUGAUGCUGCCUGCAAGUUUCCCAACCUUUCAAUGAUCACUAAAACAGACCCCACAGUUGGAGAUUGUAGAUUUGAGAUAAUGAUCGAACCAUAUUAUGGAGGUGCAGAAAGGACACGUGGGUGUCUCCAAAUGCCACUGAGUUUGGUUUCUGGCCUUGGUCUCUUUUUGCUAACACUUCUGUGAAUUAGGCCUCAUGUUCCCGAGGCAUUAUUUUUCCUCAAUUAUUCUCAUGUGCUUUGUAGCCUAGUGUAGUGGAAGCUAAGAUCAGCAGCUGAUAAACGGCAUAACUCGUAGUAUCUAGAGGGCAAACAUUUUAUCUUAUGUAUUCAUUUCUGAAGUCAAGACUGUUGUUGAGUCACACGCAUGGCAUAAUCGUAUGGAUUGUGGUUGACAACGUGGACUUGCAUAAUUCUGCUGCGAAAAUGUUUGUAUUGCAACUAAAUCGAUUGCAUCAGACACGUUUUAGUUUGAUCA